CAGGCUGCGGCUGGUGCUGGAGUUGGGGGCUUACAGCGGAAGUCUAAUCGGCUCGGAAAGCGGCGAAGAUGGCGGAUUCCUCAGAGUCCGACAUGACCAACAGCCCUGUGCGCAGUUCUCGGCGAGGAGACGCCUUCACCUCCAGCCCGGGGAGAGAUCUGCCCCCGUUUGAGGAUGAAUCUGAAGGACUCCUGGGAGCUGAGGGGCUUCCUGAUGAAGAAGAAGAAGAUGGGGAGGAGCUGAUUGGAGAUGGCAUGGAAAGGGAUUACCGCCCUAUUCCAGAGCUUGACGUUUAUGAAGCUGAAGGCUUGGCCAUAGAUGAUGAAGACCUAGAGGAAUUGACUGCCAGUCAAAGGGAAGCAGCUGAGCGGGCCAUGAGGCAGAGGGACCGUGAAAUGGACCGUGGCUUGGGCCGCAUGCGGAGUGGUCUGCUUUAUGAGAGCGACGACGAAGAUGAGGACCGCCCUUUGCGGAAGAGGCGCCUGGCGGAACGGGCUGCCGACGGCAUGGAAGAUGAGGAUGAAGACAUGAUUGAGAGCAUCGAGAACCUGGAAGACAUGAAGGGGCACUCUGUGAGGGAGUGGGUGUCUAUGGCAGCUCCUCGGCUCGAGAUCUACCACCGCUUCAAGAACUUCUUGAAGACUCACGUAGAUGACCAUGGCCACAACGUUUUCAAGGAGAGGAUCAGUGACAUGUGCAAAGAAAACAGAGAGAGCCUGGUGGUGAAUUAUGAAGACCUGGCUGCCCGGGAACAUGUCCUGGCCUAUUUUCUCCCAGAAGCCCCUGCUGAAAUGUUGAAAAUCUUUGAUGAAGCAGCCAAGGAAGUGGUGUUGGCAAUGUACCCCAAAUAUGACCGGAUAACUCAAGAAAUCCAUGUCCGCAUUUCACAUCUCCCUCUAGUGGAGGAGUUACGUUCACUUAGGCAGCUUCACCUGAGCCAGCUGAUCCGGACAAGCGGAGUUGUGACGAGCUGCACUGGGGUCCUCCCCCAGCUCAGCCUGGUCAAAUACAAUUGUACCAAAUGUAGCUUCAUCCUGGGGCCUUUCAUGCAGUCCCAAAACCAGGAAGUCAAGCCGGGAUCCUGCCCAGAGUGUCAGUCUGCUGGCCCCUUUGAAAUCAACAUGGAAGAGACCGUCUACCAGAACUACCAGCGCAUCAAAAUCCAGGAGAGCCCUGGGAAAGUGGCCGCUGGCAGGCUCCCUCGCUCCAAAGAUGCCAUUUUACUUGCUGACCUGGUUGACAGCUGCAAGCCAGGGGAUGAAAUAGAGUUAACUGGAAUAUACCAUAAUAAUUACGAUGGUUCUUUGAACACUGCCAACGGGUUUCCAGUGUUUGCAACAGUGAUCCUGGCCAACCACAUUGCCAAGAAGGAUAACAAGGUGGCCGUUGGGGAGCUCACAGAUGAGGACAUGAAAGUCAUUAUAGGCCUGUCCAAGGAUGAGCAAAUUGGAGAGAAAAUCUUUGCCAGCAUCGCUCCUUCCAUCUAUGGCCAUGAAGACAUCAAAAGGGGCCUGGCCCUAGCCCUGUUUGGGGGAGAACCCAAAAAUCCAGGAGGAAAACAUAAGGUCCGUGGUGACAUCAACGUCUUGCUUUGUGGAGAUCCUGGAACGGCCAAGUCUCAGUUCCUCAAAUACGUGGAGAAAGUGUCCAGCCGAGCUAUCUUCACUACUGGCCAGGGGGCUUCCGCUGUUGGCUUGACUGCCUAUGUGCAGAGGCAUCCCGUGAGCAAGGAAUGGACCCUGGAGGCAGGAGCCCUGGUGCUGGCAGACAGGGGGGUUUGCUUGAUAGACGAAUUUGACAAGAUGACGGACCAGGACAGGACCAGUAUCCAUGAAGCCAUGGAGCAGCAGAGCAUCUCCAUCUCAAAGGCUGGCAUUGUCACCUCUCUGCAGGCUCGCUGCACAGUUAUCGCUGCUGCCAACCCUAUAGGUGGGCGCUAUGACCCCUCCUUGACAUUCUCAGAAAACGUUGAUCUGACUGAGCCCAUCAUAUCUCGAUUUGAUAUCCUGUGUGUGGUCAGGGACACGGUGGACCCUGUUCAGGAUGAGAUGCUGGCUCGGUUUGUUGUCAGUAGCCACAUCAAACAUCACCCCAACAGCAAGGACCUUGUGAAUGGAGACUCUCAAGAGAUUAUCCUCCCAAAUACUUACGGCGUAGACCCCAUCCCGCAGGAGCUGCUGAAAAAGUACAUUAUCUAUGCGAAGGAAAAGGUCCACCCAAAACUCAAUCAGAUGGACCAGGACAAAGUGGCCAGGAUGUACAGUGAACUCAGGAAAGAAUCCAUGGCAACUGGAAGUAUCCCCAUUACAGUGCGUCACAUUGAGUCCAUGAUCCGCAUGGCUGAGGCCCACGCCCGCAUGCACCUGCGGGACUAUGUGGUGGAGGAUGACGUCAACAUGGCCAUCAGGGUCAUGCUCGAGAGUUUCAUUGACACACAGAAGUUUAGUGUCAUGAGGAGCAUGCGGAAGACUUUCUCCCGGUACCUUGCCUUCAGGCGAGAUAACAACGAGCUCUUGCUGUUCAUUUUGAAACAGCUGAUAUCGGAACAGGUGAUGUAUCAGAGGAAUCGCUAUGGAGCUCAGCAAGAUACCAUUGAGGUACCAGAGAAAGACUUGGUUGAUAAGGCUCGCCAGAUCAACAUCCACAACCUUUCUGCCUUCUACGACAGCGAAUUGUUCAAGAUGAACAGGUUCAGCCGUGAUGUGAAACGGAAACUGAUUGUGCAGGCUCUUUAAGGGCCGUGAGUUCCUGAGCGGCUGCAGAGAAUAAGAAUUUGGGACUGUGCUUCAUCAAACAGCGCAAACGUUUCCUAAGCCUCUUCUCCAAAGUAUCACAGAAAAGAAACGGAAGCUCCGCACUGCUGAAAGACUUGUGAAUAGAAUAGAAUGGAGCUCUGAGUAGCUAAAUGCCCAGAACUCCUGAGGUUAAUUGCUGUAACUGAGCUUGUGUGAUGAAACCCCAAAGGAAAGGUUUCCUGCUGGCCCCAUGUUUGGAAAUCUGAACUCAUUUGGGCAGUCUUCAGUGGGGAACAUUGCUCAAGGUGGUUAUUGGGUCAUUUUAAACUUCUGUAACUGGGAGCGACUUUGGAUCAUCUAAGCACGCAAGGGGAGUGGAAGAAUGCGUAAGCUAUGGUCCUUCUCUCUACAUUUGUUUAGAACGGGUGGGACAAUUUGUGAUCCUGCAGAUGUUUUGGUCUACAACUCCCAUAAUCCAUCACCAUUGGCUAUGGUAGCUAGUGCUGAUGGGAGUUGUAGGCCAAAACAUCUGGAGGGCCACAAGUUGCCCACCCCUAGUUUAUAAUGUCCAAAGCUGUCUUCAAAUGUGGAGUCAGCCCAUUCACCUUCCACAGAGUAGUAGUGUGCAGGGUCAGUUUCAGACAUCUGAUACAAGCAGGAGAAGCAACUUGCCACUUUGUCUUAAACCUCUAAAACUGUUCAUAAGUUUUGUGUUGUUGGUUCAUACACCAUUUAGUGGUUUGCGUAUGAAAAGUUGAAACUUCCUAUUUGGAGGCUGGUUGAAGCUGACAUUUUUCCUUUUCCCAGUAUGUCUGGUAGGUUGUAUUUUUUUUAAAUCUAAUACAAUGGAUUGGAUCCAGAUCUAUCGUCCUGCCAGCAGAAGAAUGACCACUUACGGAGUGAGACUUGUGUCCUCUCCCCACCCCUCCAACUCUGCUCUAAGGAGUUGUGGGAGGCCUGGAUCUGGAACCAACCAAUAAUUUUACAGGCUAUUAUAUGUUUGCCCAGCAGGUGGCAGAAUUUGCAAAGUUUUUAUAUGGAAAAAAUAAAGGUUUAAAAAUAGCUUUUUUUGCAAAUAAAGGCCUCGCUACUUAAGCUGUCA